GCCUUGACUAGUGCUUUCUCUAGCUGCAGCCCCAUCAGCGAUCUCUCUCUCAAUGGAAGUCACGAAGGAAAGGUAUGCCAUUGUGACUGGGUCUAACAAAGGCAUCGGAUUGGCGACCGUGAAGCAGUUGGCCUCUCAUGGAAUUAAGGUACUGCUCACCGCCAGAGAUUCCAAGAGAGGAUUUGAAGCCCUUCAGGAAUUGAAACAUUCUGGUAUCUCCCACGACCUGGUUUCUUGUCACCAACUUGAUGUGACGGACUCUGCCAGUAUUGCGUCUCUUGUGGAUUUUGUUAGAAUCCAGUUUGGCAGGCUGGAUAUUUUGGUGAACAAUGCUGCAAUCCUUGGAGUCAUUAUGGAUGAGCCGGUGGGAUCGACAAUAAAUCCGGCUGAAUUGAUUCAAACUGAUGAGUUGGCUGAAAAAUGCCUAAAAACAAACUACUAUGGUGCCAAGGAAACAACCGAGGCUUUUCUUCCCCUUCUCCAGUUAUCUGAUUCGCCCACAAUUGUUAAUGUCUCCUCCCAGGCUGGGUCCUUAAAUGGGAUAUCAAACAAAUGCGCGAAAGAGGUGUUAGAUGAUGCUGAGAAUCUCACAGAUUACAGGAUAGAUGAAGUAUUGAGGGAGUUCAAGAAGGACUUCAAAGAAGGGUGUUUAGAAAGCAAAGGGUGGCCGAUGUAUGGGUCAGCCUAUAAGGUGGCAAAAGCAGCCCUGAACGCGUACACGAGGCUUGUGGCCAUCAAGUACCCAAAUGUGUGCGUCAACUGUGUUUGCCCAGGUUCUGUCAUCACCGACCUCACCAGAAAGACCGGCAGCUUAUCUGUUGAACAAGGUGCUUAUAGUGUUGUCAAACUAGCUCUACUGCCCCCUGGUUCCCCUUCUGGCCUCUUCUAUGUCCGCCAACAUGUCUCAACCUUCUGAGCCACCUUCAUAUAUGGUAAUGGCCAAUCUGUGUUUGAUGACCUCGAAUAAAAGAAUAACUCUGCGAGGGUUUUUUGAAAAAAAAAAUUAAUUUUUGUCUCUUGUUGUUGUUUCACGUUUAUAAAUU